AUGGUCCGCUUGAUCACUCAUAACCUUUUAGCCUGCCAUGCUAAGGACUGCAACACGAACAACUUUCCGUUGGAGUUCAAAGAUGUGCAACUGGAGAUCAGGGAGGCCGAUUUUAACCCAGACUUUUUGAAGGGGUUCAUGCCCAAGAUUGAGUGGAAGGCUCUGGUUGAUACGGCCAGGCAGUUGGGUGAUACAUCACUGCCUCUGGAGCAACCUGAAAUGUUAGACGACGAAUUUCUGAAAAACCUCCAUCAUGUCCUUCUUGAAAUUCACGUCGAAGAAGGAUCGAUGACAUGUCCCAAUUGUAAGCACGUAUACCCCAUUUCCAACGGAAUCCCGAACAUGUUGUUGGCCGAACAUGAAAUAGGCUAA